GGAAUAAAAUGUCAAUGUGUUUUUCAUAUUAUAUUGGUGGUUUGAAAAAAAAAUAAUAAUACACAAAAAAAGAAAAAAAAGAAGAAAUAUACUUUUUUAAUUUUUAAUUAAAAUUUUAAUAAAAUAAUAAAUAAGGAAUCAAUAAGCAGAGGAAAGUAAAAAAUCAAAGUCAAAACGUGACGAAAAAAAAUAAGAGCACUUUUAUAAAAUAAAAUGGAGAAGAAAUCAUCAACUGGAUCAGGACCACGAAUAUUAAAAAAGAAACAUUUUCGUGUAAAACAUCAAAAAGUUAAACUAUUUAGAGCCAAUGAACCAAUAUUAAGCGUAUUUAUGUGGGGUAUAAAUCAUACGAUAAAUGAACUAAGUCAUGUUAACAUACCAGUUAUGUUACUGCCGGAUGAUUUUCGGGCAUAUUCAAAAAUUAAAGUUGACAAUCAUUUAUUCAAUAAGGAAAAUAUGCCAUCACAUUUUAAAGUUAAAGAAUAUUGUCCAUUAGUGUUCCGGAAUUUACGUGAACGAUUCGGAGUUGAUGAUGUUGAUUAUAGGGAAUCAUUAACAAGGUCACAACCAAUAUUAAUUGAUUCUUCUGGUAAAUCGGGUGCUCAAUUUUAUGAGAGUUAUGAUAAAUUUUUUAUUAUAAAAAGUUUAACAUCCGAAGAAAUUGAAAGAAUGCAUGCUUUCUUAAAACAUUAUCAUCCAUAUAUUGUAGAACGACAUGGGAAAACUUUAUUACCACAAUAUUUAGGAAUGUAUAGAUUAACAGUUGAAAGUGUACAAUAUUACUUUGUUGUAAUGAGAAAUGUAUUUAGUUCACAUCUUAGUGUUCAUAGAAAAUUUGAUUUAAAAGGAAGCACAGUUGAUCGAGAGGCAUCUGAAAAAGAAUUAGAAAAACCAUUGCCAACAUACAAAGAUAAUGAUUUUAUUAAACAGAAAAUUAAAAUUGUUAUUGGAGAAGAAUCAAAACAGAAAUUAUUUGAAAUGCUCAAUAAUGAUGUUAAUUUCUUAACAAAACUUCAUAUUAUGGAUUAUUCAUUACUAGUCGGUAUACAUGAUUGUGUUCGUGCUGAAGAAGAAGCCGCACAAAGUGAAAGUGCGCGAGAAGCAGCUGGUAGAAGUGAAAACAGUGAAAGCGAGGAAUGUGAUAGUGGCGAACGGUGGACCUAUAAUACACCACCUGAUUCACCCAGAUGUACAGGCCAGUACAAUGAAAUUAUACAUGAAAUUGAUAUAUAUGCUCUUACAAGCGUAGAAGAUCGAAGAGAAAUUUAUUUUAUGGCUAUAAUAGAUGUUCUCACACAAUAUGGUGUUAAAAAACAGGCUGCCAAAGCAGCUAAAACCGUUAAAUAUGGCAGUAAUGUAGAUGGUAUUUCAACAUGUGAUCCAGAACAAUAUGCAAAACGUUUUAUUGAAUUUAUGGAUAAAGCUAUCGAAUAAUUUUAAAUUCUUAAUAUACUAUAUAUACCAUAAAUAUAUAAUACCUAAAUAUAUAAAUAUAUUAUGUACACAUAUUCACAUAUAUAUAUUGAAUAUUUUAUGUACUCUUGUGCGUAAUAUUCAUAUAUAUAUAUAUAUAUAUAUUUGAAUAAAUUCAAAAAUUCAUUGAUUACAAAUGGAUAACCUUAUAUAAAUACAUUUAAAUAACGUUUGUGAUGCACGCAAUUCAACUUUUACUACUUUUUAUAAAUAAGAUGAGCUGAAUGAAAGUAUCACAUAACCUUAAAAUUUAAUGCAUUUUUCAAUUUAUUCUCCUCUCCCUCCCUCCCCUCUCCUAAUAAAUAUUUAUAUAUUUACUAUUAAACAAAUUAUAUAAUAUGUGUAAAACUGAAAAUGAAUUAUUUAAUGUUUCUAAUAUAAUCGUAUUUAAUCAUUCGUAUAUCAUAUAAAAACAAAAAAAUAAAAUGGAGUAAAACAGAAAAAAAAAUAAAAGAAGAAAAACUUGCAAUAAGUAAAAUAUUUGUAUAAUAAAUAACAACCAAUUAAAAAACCAAUUAAAAUAUAAAACUUUAAAAUUAAAAAGAUAAUAUACAAAAUAACACCCAAAAAUAUGCCUAACUUCCAAAUUGCAGUAAUACACAAAUCAGUAAUAUUUACAACAUUAAACUGAAUUAUAUUAAUUGGCACCAUAUUACUGCAAUUUUGCAGACAAGUUAUAUAAACAUACCUAGAAAUAUUGGGCUAUAAUCGAAAAAAUUACCGGUUAAUUAUGUAUUAUUAUAAAAUUCAGAAUGUAUGUAUAUAUUGAUUAAAUGUAUGUAUGUAUAUAUUAAUUAAAUGUAUGUAUGUAUAUAUUGAUAUAUUGAUUGAACUAAUUGCGAUGGCACUUAAUUUUGCUUUAACAUUGAAAUAACAGUUUAUUACUGUUACAAUUUAUACAAUAGAAAUAGGUAUACUAUUUACACAAUUUAACUAUAAUUAUAUUUAAAAGCUGAUUUGUAUAUAUAGUAUAACAGUUUUAUUGUAAUUUUGAUGUCGCAAGCUUUAACUUUUCGAUUAUAUACCUAAACUGCAUAUAAUAACUAUGAUGAGUGAAAUGAAAACUUAUAUAAUAUAUAUAUUGUUUACAUUGAAUUAUAUAUAUAUAUUCUGUUUAAUCGAAGUGUUGAAUUUUUUAAUUUCAAAAUUGAAGAACAUUAUUAUUGAAUUCGAAAUUGCAGUAACGUGAUAUUAAUUAUACACAAUUCAUAACAUACGGAGUAUGUAUUGUUAUAAUUUUGAAAUCACAAAAUACCUACAUACUUAUAUACAUACAUACAUAUAUGACAUACAAAUAUACUCUACUUCUAAAAUGCAGUAAGACGGUAUUAACAUUCAAUUCAGCUUAUGGGUUACUACCGUUUUACCGCAUUUUGGAAAUCGAGGAGAAUGUGACGACUGAAUGCUUUUAUCGCAAAACUAUAUUACAUACAUAUGGUUUUGCAAUAUGUAUACAAAAAACUUUAACUUCUAAAAUACAGUAAUACAAUAUUAAUACACAAUUCAGCUUAUAAGUGGUAAUUGCUGAAUUGCGCAUUAAUAUCGUAUUACAGCAUUUUGGAAGUCAGGGAGUCAAAAAUAAGAUAAUUAAUAUAUGUAUACAUAAAUUUAUUUUCACUCUUAUUAUUUCUUGAAAGAUUUUUUUUGUAUAUUUAAACUGGAAUUAUAAUGGAACAUUUUUAUUAAAAUUUAAAAUUAGUACAUAGUAUAGGCUUUUUUUUUCUUUUUUUUUUUAUUAUUUAUGCUUGUAUCAUAACUUAUAAACUAAUUGAAUGUAAAAGUUAUAUAGAAAUUAUUUGAGUUUUACUUUUAAGACACAUAUAUAUGUAUAUAUAUGUAAUUACUGAUAUCAAAAUUGCAGUAAUACAGUUUUAAAUACACAAUUUAGCAAUUGCAAUUCAUAAACUGAAUUGUGUUUUAACAACCGUAUUGCUGCAAAUGUUAAAUUAGAGAAUAUUUAUUUUCCUUUUUUAAAAUUUAUUAAAUAAAAUUUAAUUUUUUAUAAGAUUUUUUCUAAUUUUGUAUUAAUAAUAAUGCUUUCUUUAAUUGCCUUCAAAUUCACAUCUAAAUUACAUAACGUCAAUUAAAUUUAUUCAGCGUUAAAAUUUCAAUUGCUGAAUAGUUUGAAGUUAGGUUUUUUGUUUUCUAUUUUGUAUUUAUAGUGUGUAAAAAUUGAAUUUAUAAUUUUAUAUUUAUAAUCAUCCCUUUAUAAAAUAAAGGGAUGAUUCUUCGAUCAAUUUCCGCCAAAAAAAUGUAUGGGCCCGGAUGUACUCAUUUUCAAUGUAUGAAAUCUGCAUUUUUCGCAUGUUUUUAAACAUAUUUAACACGUUUUACUGACAAAAUUAUGAGAAAUAGAGGAAAAUGUUAAAUGGGUUGACUUUUCGUUUUUAAAAUGUUAUAUGGUUAGUCUAUUUCGAAUUGUUCCGAACUUAUUAGCAUUUAUUUAUAUGCAGGAAAAAUCUGAUACCUUUCUUUUCAACAGUAUAUAGAGUGCUUUAUAUUCAGUAAAGAGUACAAAAUUAUAUACAUAUCAUUGUUUAGUGCAUCAAAAAUGGGUAAAAUUUUUGUUUAAAAUUAGUUUUCAAAAUCUCAACGAUCCCUGAGAAACAAGGGUUUCAACGAAUUUUAACGAAAUUUCUACUUGCCCAAGGUUUUUUCCCUUCAGAAAAAAAUUUAAGGUUCAUACAAACAGUUAUUGAAAUGCUUAUAAAGUGCUUGAAAGCAAGUUAUUACUUGAAUUACCCUGUAUACACAUAUAUGUGUACAUAUAUUAGAAUAUAUUUGUAUAAUUCCCCAGCUGAAUUGUUAGUAAAUAAUUUAGUUAUCAAUUUUGUCUUAUUUACCAUUGCUGAAUAAAUCAAAUUAACGUUAGAGCUUGUAAGUUACAAUUUCUGAAUUGUGAAUAAAUAUGAUAUUACUGUAAUUUUGAAGACGUGGAUAUUCUUAUCUAUAUAAAUGUAGUAAUAAAAAAAUUAUAAAAAAAGGCAAGUAAGUUUCUCAUGUAUGUAUAGCGUUGCUUAAUAAAAUAAUAAUAGAAAAUUUUGUCCUUAGGGCAACAAUUUUAUAUAUGUAGCUCCAGUAUUCAAAUUUAUUAUUAAAAUUUAAAAUUAAAUUUGUAAAUAAAAAAAAUUGUAAUCCAAAUGUAAUUUAUUAUAAAAAAAAAUUUUAUAAUAUUUUGUUUUCCUUCAAUGUAUUGUUCACAAUUUUUUUUUUGUUUUUAUUUUAAUUUUUGGAAUAGCCUACUAAUAAAAUAUCUUUUAAUAAA